AUGUCCGAUUACCCUGAAGACCGCAUAUUUUCCCCUCUUCGACACCACACAAGUAGUUCUCCACCCUCUUACUCCUACAACGAUGCGUUCACAUACCUCGGUUACCCCAACGAAAUAGACGCCCAAACUCCAGAAAUUGACGGCGGAGACCCAUGGCCGGACCCCAUGGAUUUACCCCAUGAGAUCACCGAGAAAAUAUUUUUCUAUGCAUGCCAGCGAUAUCCCAACGAUGAUAAGUGGUACUGCCCGUUCUAUCCGCUCUACUUCGGGAGAGUGUGCAGAGCCUGGCGGCAGUUAGCGUGGGCGACCUCUUCGUUGUGGACAACAGUUGUUAUUCGCCAAGUGGAGGUCCAGUCUACCGAGGUCCAAAGUCAGCUGCUGGAAGAGUGGCUGAAACGCACACAAGGGCGCCCACUGGAGAUCUACUUUGGCACAUGGGUCUUGUACUUCCCCCAGCGAGUCCUACACCUCCUUGUGCACUACAGAGAGCAGUGGGCCGCGAUUAAGUUUGUCAAAAUACCUCAUCAAACACUUAACCCGAAUUCGAGUCAAAAUAUGUUCGACACCCCCGUUUUUUUUCCACAGCUCACUUCCGUUACCGUGGAGCGACAUCGUGACGCCACCAGCACGAACAUUGCCCUUCUCGAUUUUUCUCAAACCCCAGCUCUGCGCGAUCUCUCUGUCAUCAACCUUCCAGGCACGAAUUUCCACGAAUACAUCAUUCACCAACGAGGGGGAAUUUCACGUCUUUCCCUAACCAACAACACAUACCUUGAUCUCAUCGCCAUCUUGAAACGAUAUCCACAGCUGGAGGAACUCAUUCUGUCGAGCCUUCCAGGGAGGGUUCCAGCGAUGAGGCGGACAGAUUUCCACCGCCACCCCCGCCUUAUGUCGAUAUCUAUUCGAUCGUCGCUGUGGCAAGCCAUCGCAAGAAUUUUCCACUCCCUUAGCGGUCUAUCCUUCCCGGCGCUCAACAAAUUGGAUCUCGACGUAUCUAAUUCUGACCCUGUCUCCAUGUCGCAACUACCACCCUUUAUCCAACCGUUGGAUUGUAUGCUGACAUCCCUUUCGCUAACGUAUCCUAUCCGGGAGGAAUUCACCGUUAUUGAUCUCCUAUUUAGCUCACCAUUUUCCGCUUUACGGGAGCUGUAUCUCACUGACUCGAGCAUGGGCCAGUCAGAAUCAGGACUAACAGCAGCGUUCUUUGAGGCUCUCCAGGUCGACGAUCCCGAGGAGGCGCUUCUUCCUCGGCUCGAGGUCUUCAACUACCAUGGAAGACUGGGGGUCUUCGCCAUCGACUUUCUCGAUCCUCUUAUCAUCCGUUCGCGUAUACGGUGUUUCAACGAGAACACGAUCACACACAGCACGGUGGAUCUAGACGACUCGAUCGCAGUCCUGCGGAAAAUCGAGAUCAAGGCUGAUCAGGACGAAUUCACUAUCGCAGAGUACACGGACGCACUGUAUGUUUGGGAGCUGAUUAGGCUGAUGGAACUGAGGAUCUUGUCACUUGCGAAUGAGGACGGGAGUGCAUGGGUGUAA